CCCUUGUUCAACUCUGAACUCAAAUACCAGCCAUCUCUCUCCUCUCGACUCAUCUUCUGUCUCUGUCCUUUCAUACUCUCAAUCCUCGCACCUCUUCGACAUCAAAUAGCCAUCCGGUGAAGCACUCGACACAGCUUUCCGAAUCGGGAAAUCAUUCAUACUGUGUAAUACAUAUCAACACCACACAACCAACCAACCACAACAACAACAUCAAUCAUGUCGAGAAUCGCGGCUCCCGUCACAAAACUCACCAGGUCUUUGAGCACAUCUCCUGCUGUUGCCAAGCCUAGCUUUAUCCUCAAUGCCACCAGCAACGUCAGCAGGACUGAGAGUCUUGAUGCCCGCACUCCUCGCAAGGUUCCCCUGAUGCAAGGCUUCCGUACCUCGGCCCCUACCAACGCCUCCAUCAACCCCUCCUUCUUCGCCAACGGCAUCGACGCCGUCGUCCUUCCCAACCUUGCCGCCAUAGAAUCCAGCCAUGCCUCUGCUUUCCACCCCACCUACUUUGACACCAUCCGCGUCCCCCUGCUCCCAGACAACAAGACCCCUCCUCCCCCCACGGUACAGCGCAUGCCGCUCUUUGACGAGCUAAAACCCGAGCAGCGCGGCGAGAUGGCCUCUGAGGGUGACGCCGACCUGAUGGCCAGCAAGCCCGCUGUCGCCGUCGUCGCCAACAAGCCCGGCCAGGUGCUCCCCGCCUCGCUCAGCCAGGAGGUUGUCGAUUUGGACAACUGGACUGGUGCUGACUGGGUCAGCCUUGGCUUUGUCCGUGACAUUGCGCGCGACGAGGCUAAGGCGCAAGAGGAGCAGGCUGGUAGCCAGGGUAUGAUUAGGGAUCUGUGGAGUGGUAUGGUGGAGGAUGUGUUUGGCGCUCGUGCUAAAGGUGGCUCUAAAGCUUGAUGUUCUCUCUCUCGCUCUCCACUAAACGCGAGAACAUUUCAUUGAGUUUUUGAUCACUGGAGCGAGCGGUAAUGGGUUUGACACAUGGUCAUGGGUUUCCUUUUUUUGCAUAUGAGUACCUCUAUGUACACGACUGGGUCUCUUGUUGUUUGGUUUUGGGCGGAGCAGGUGUUUUGGGUCCUUUGCUUGUUUUCUUACUGUUUUCUUUCCUUAUUACGAUAUGUGGAAGACUGGCGACAACGUCUCAGUAGUCUUGUCUGUCUUUUGGAUAGUCAUUACCUACUACCCUACGAGCGAAUCACUCGUGGGCUCGCUGACUCGAUAACGAAAUUGAGAAAGGCUAGAGCCUCGAAAUUCAUCAUCACUUAACAAUUUUUC